AUUAGUGUGUGUGUGUGUGUGUGAGAGAGAGAGAGAGAGAGAGAGAGAGAGAGAGUGGGGGUGGGUGAAAUUUUCAGGGUCUGUUCUUGGACUGUCAAACCCUAGCCGAAGAAAUUUUGGUAAAAUCAAAUCACCACCAUCAUCAUCAUCAUUUGAUCCCACCCCCUUUAUAGAAAAUCUUUUGUUUAAGCUCCGUUUGUCCGGUCUUGGUUCCUUCUUGAUUCCCACUGCCACACCUAUAUAUCUCCCUGCAUGCCCUCUACUGUUUCCACUGCAACCCACCAAGCAGUUUCAUGGAUCUGAAGCUCUCUUAGCAUUGCAGCAGAGUUCAUUCAUACCCGUAAGCAGAUUCCGCCGCUGCAAUGGCUUCCGAGAAGACCUCCAAAGGUCAAGCAUGGUUUUGCACCACUGGGUUGCCGAGCGACAUUGUUGUGGAAGUAGACGACAUGACCUUCCACCUCCACAAGUUCCCUUUGAUGUCGAAAAGCAGAAAGCUCCACCAGCUGAUAGCAGAGCAAGAGGAGAACCCGACAGGCCGAAGCUCUCAGCGCCAGCACCGGCAAGAGCUCGAAGAAGGAGAAGCAGAACAAGAAGGAGAAGAAGACAAUGACGAAAUCGAGGAGGUCCACUGCCACAUCGCCCUCCACGACUUCCCCGGCGGCUCCGAGACCUUCGAGAUGGCUGCCAAGUUCUGCUACGGCGUCAAGGUCGACCUCUCCGCCGCGAACGCCGCGCCGCUCCGUUGCGCCGGCGAGUUCCUCGAGAUGACCGAGGAGUACUCCGAGGACAACCUUAUCGCGAAGACAGAGAAGUUCCUCGCCCAGUCCGUGCUCAAGAGCUUGAGGGACUCGGUGAGGGCUCUGAAGUCGUGCGAGCGGGUAAUCGAAUUGGCAGAAUCCCUGGAGAUUCCGCAGCGGUGCGUCGAGGCGAUUGUCUCGAAGGCCUCUGCGGCGGAUCCUAGCCUGUUCGGGUGGCCGGUCAACGACGGAGCUAGCCAAGGGCGGGAUUCGGUGAAUCGGUUGCUCUGGAAUGGAAUCGAAGGCGGAAACCGGAGGAAGGGCGUGAGCAGAGGGAGUAAUCUCGAUUCGUGGCUUGAAGAUUUGUCCCUACUGAGUCUGAGUUUGUUCAGGCGGCUGAUUUCUGCAAUGAAGGAUGGAGGUUUGAGCCCUGAGAUUGUCGAGAGCUGCUUGAUGCACUACGCUAAGAAGUACAUCCCGGGCACUUCGAGAUCGAGCCGGAAACCGGCGCCGGCCCUGUCUUCUUCUUCCUCAUCCUCUGUUCCGUCGGAGAGAGAGCAGAGAGAGCUUCUCGAGACGAUAACCUGUAACCUUCCUGAAGGAAAGUCCUCCCGGUGCUCGACAGGAGUAAGGUUUCUGUUCGGACUGCUCCGGACAGCGAACAUACUGAACGCGUCGGAGAACUGCCGGUCGGUGCUGGAGAGGAGGAUCGGAGCACAGCUCGAGCAGGCGACGCUCGACGACCUGCUGAUCCCGAGCUACUCGUACCUGAACGAGACUCUGUACGACGUCGACUGCGUGGAGAGGAUAUUAGGUCACUUUCUGGAGGAUCUGGAGGAGAGAGACGAAGGCGGCGUUGACGUCAGUCAGAGAUCUCCGACUUUGAUGCUCGUCGGGAAGCUUAUCGAUGGAUUUCUGUCGGAGAUCGCUUCCGACGCGAAUCUUAAACCGGACAGGUUCUACAGGCUGGCGAUGUCCCUGCCGGAGCAGGCCCGGCUCUUCGACGACGGCCUCUACCGUGCUGUCGACGUCUAUCUCAAGGCACAUCCGUGGAUAUCGGAGGCGGACAGGGAGAAGAUCUGCGGCGUGAUGGACUGCCAGAAGUUGACGCUGGAGGCCUGCACCCACGCUGCGCAGAACGAGCGGCUGCCGCUGCGGGCGGUGGUGCAGGUGCUGUUCUUCGAGCAGCUUCAGCUGAGGCACGCGAUCGCUGGGACACUGCUUGCAGCGGAGACGGCGGCGCCGGAGCCAGGGAGGCCGUCGGCGUCUCGUGCCGGGGAGGAUGAUGACGAGGUGGACGAGGUAGAGGAGGAGGAGGAAGAGAAGGACGCGGAGGUGCCGGCGACGUCAAUGGCGCUGGCGGCACCGGGUGCGGCGGCGCAGGGGAGCGUGAGCGCGACGUGGAGGGCGGCGAUGAGGGAGAACCAGGUGCUGCGGCUGGACAUGGACAGCAUGAGGACGCGCGUCCACCAGCUCGAGCGGGAGUGCUCGACGAUGAAGAAGGUGAUCGAGAAGAUCGACAAGGAGGGCGGCCCUGUCGGCGGCGGGGACCGGAGGAGUUCGUGGACUCGCAAGUUCGGGUGCAAGUUCAAGACUCAGGUCUGCGAUUCUCACGAACCGACGGUUGGGGAGGCCCGGAGAGGGAAGCACAACCGUGGACCGUCACGCACCUGAUCAGAACCCACCCUCUGAAUGGGGAGCUGAUCCCUGCCUGUGCAUGAUUUUUUUUUUAAUUUUCAUUUUCCCUAUUUUUUGGAUUUCGUCAUUUAUGGAUAUAAAUAUUCUACAGUUGCCACGUCAUUCCUCGGAGGUAAAAAUUCCAAAAACAAAAAGAUUCUUUCAA